UUCCUAGUAGCGAUGCACUUGUUCCUAGUAGCUUCUUGUUACUACUAGUAAGGCACUUGUUACUACGAUUAGUCGGCAGUAGUCGGCCCGUUUCGAAAUUGGGAAGACCCGUUUGGAGAGACUCUUGAUGAGUGGAGUGCUGAUACUACAAGACUGACUGUGCCACCAAGUGCCUGGAGGGCGGCAACAUUUUUCCUAAUUGCAACAUAUAAGAGGCCGGCUUCAUUGGCCUCGUGGGAAGAACUAGUAAUGUGGUGCAUCCCAUUUGAUGAAAGUUGGCUAAGAUCUAUGAAGGAAUGUUGUUGGCUAAUGUUGCCCAGAUUGAUCCAGCCUAUGAAGAACUGUGUGAGCUCUUGGCUCAGACGUGAAAAGUGAGACAAAGUGAGAAUGGGAAACCAAUUGACACGAUUGAGUGAGAAUGGGUCGCCUUCCAUGGAGCGUCUGGAGGGUUUGAGUUCGGCGUCUGCAUAUGUCGCCAGCUCUCUGGCUAUGACCUCCCUGACCAAAUACGCGGCAUCUGCUUGGCGCUUUCCAGGCUCCAGUUUCUUGCUGCUGAUUGAGUGUUGGGGGACCGUCCUGGCUCUUGGCACCUCUCGUGACUCUCGUGGUCGUCGAUAUCAGCCUCUGGCAAUUCCCAUUUUGAGGCAUAUGCUUUUAGUUACCGUGACCAAGGCUGUGAACAUGUAUUUGAGCUUUUCGGCGAUGAAGCGAACCAGCUUGCCGGUCUACAAUGUAUUGAAACGAUUGCAGCCAGUUUAUGCGAUGAUUCAAGAUAGACUCAUCCGGGGAAGCCGCCCAACAACCAAAGAGUUUUGGGGCGUGGUGCUCAUGUCUGUGGGCACAGUCGUCACAGGCUUGGGUGACCUCGAUUUUGAUUUAGCUGGGUAUGGCUUGGCAUUGAUCGCCGCUGCCUGUCAGUCUUUGUACUUGGUCCUAGCGCGUCAUGCGCAGGAUCAAGUGGCCCUCUCAUCGAUGGAUUUGGUGUUCUACACUGCUUUCUACAACUCGGUGCUUUUUGUGCCAUUGACACUCCUGGAGCUUUCGGAGGUUCUGGUUUUCCUGCAAAGAGCUGGAGAGAAGUACAACUUCUUUCAAUUCCUCAUUCCUUACGUGAUGGUAGGCGUCUUGCUGAAUUAUGCAACUUUCUGGUCCACUGCAGUGAACGACCCUGUGGCCACAGCAGUAGCUGGAACACUGAAAGGCGUUCUUUCCUCCGUAAUUGGCAUUCUGAUGUUUGGAGUGCGUCUUACCCCUGUUGGAUGGUUAGGCUUAAUCAUCAGCACCAUCGGAGGCAUGGCCUAUUCUCAUGCACAUACAGCUGCGCAUCCAAAGAAGGCUUGAGAAGCGGAUGCUGAGUCGAGAGAAGCAAAAGGCCGAUUUCAUCUAUAGACAUUUUGGCCGCUCUAGAUCAUCAUCCAGUCAUCCAACGGUUUUCACAGUG